AUGGGAAACUUCAGAAAUAAUGUCUGGAUACGGGAAAUUCGGACAUAUUUCAAGACAUUAUGGAUCAUAAUUGCUCCCAUGAUUCUCUCACCUUUAGCAUUUUUCGGAACUGAGGGAAAAUGUUGCUACUGUAUUUUCUUAAUGUCAUGCUACUGGGUAGUAGAAGUAGUGCCAUUAGCUGUGACAGCUUUCCUACCUCUAGUUAUUUUACCAUUUAUGGGUGUACUCCCUAUAAAGAAAGUUGCUUCAUCGUAUCUCAGUGACACAAAUAUGCUAUUUGUUACCAGCCUCAUGUUGUCAGUUGCUGUUGAAGAAUGUCGUUUGCAUAAAAGGAUAGCUCUAAAGCUGUUAACAUAUGUUGGAGCUAAACCUCAAUGGCUUAUGGCUGGGUUUAUGGUCAUCACUUCAUUUAUAUCUUUAUGGAUAUCGGAUACAGCUUGCGCAGCAUUGAUGGCGCCAAUCGCAUAUGCUUUACUGGAGGCGAUAAUGAUGCACAAAAUGAAAAAAGUUAACAUAGAAAAUACACCAAGUGCAGGGCAUCAAAGUUUCGACGAAAAAAUAGAGAUGGAAGAAGAUAAACUGGACGUAAGCAGAUUAUCUACCAGAGAUCAAGGGAUAUGUAAAAGUUUAAUGCUCAUAGUAUCACAUGCUUCCCUUAUCGGAGGAACUGGAACUAUUAAUUCAACUGGCCCAAACCUUAUUUUUCGAGACACCUUGGAGAAAUUUUAUCCAGGGGAAGAUACCCAAAUAAGUUACUUAUCAUGGAUGCUUUUCGCUAUUCCACCGAUGAUUGGAUACAUGCUUGCUUCCUGGCUCAUCGUACAGAUCCAGUUUCUGGGACUCAAACAUAUAAUGAACCUUUUUUCUGAAUCCACAGAGGAACAAAAAGAAGAUGAAAUAUAUGCCGAAAAGGCAGUGCACACCGCAUAUAAUGACUUAGGUCCCAUGACAUUUGCAGAAAAAUCCACCUUGACUAUUUUCAUGUUAACUGUAGCUUCAUGGAUAACGAGUGACCCUAAGGUGAUUCCAGGCUGGACUUCGUUUUUCAGAAAGGGAUACGUAUCGGAUUCCUGUACAGGGAUGAUUUCGGUGUUCAUGCUUUUCGUUUGGCCUCGAGAACGCCCAGAUUUUGCAUUUUUCCGUCCAGUAGAAGAAUUAGGUCGUUUUUCAGGACGGUCAAGACCUUCCAUUAACCGGGAAGCAUUACUAACUUGGGACACUGUGAAAAAAAAAUUUCCUUGGUCUGUGAUUUUGCUUUUAGGCGCUGGUUUCUCCAUUUCGGAAAGCGUCAAAGAAAGUGGGCUAUCAGCUCUGCUUGCAUGUAGUUUGGAAAGCAUUCUUCAAUCAUUGCCAUUUGUCAUAAUGCAGAUUCUUAUUGCAAUUAUAGUUGUCGUAAUGACAGAGUUUUCCACAAAUUCAGCAACAGCGAGUAUAUUCAUACCAAUAUCUUUCAAUAUUGCUGAAAAGGUGCGAGCCCAUCCUUUAUAUUUUUCUAUACCUGCAGCGAUAGGCCCUUCGUUCUCCUUUAUGCUUCCUAUGGCAACACCACCCAAUGCAAUUGUUUAUGAAACGAAAACUAUGACGAUGCUCGAUAUGGUGUCAUGCGGUAUUUUUCUCAACAUAAUCUGCAUUCUUAUAACUGUGCUGAACAUGAACACAUACACUUAUUGGUUGUUUGAUAUGGGCACAUACCCCAGUUAUGUGCAUUCAUAUAACAAUACUGCAGUUUGUUAA